AUGGCGGAAGAGCAGCAGAUGCAACAGAUCUUGAAGAAGAUCGACAUCGAGAAGGUGUUUUUAGGCAAGGCCAUUGAGAUGCGCAAGGCCGCCAACUCGGACAAUGCCGAUGUUCUUUCCAAACUCGAUUCCGCGGUCCACUCCGCGCGGCGCCACCUGGAGUACUACGAGGACAUGCUUCGUCAGGUUCAGGUGCGCCGCCUCGGCCAGGGUGUCGACAACAUGAGCCUGGGAAGUGGUGGAUCCAAUUCUCCGGCACCUGGCUCUCUGCGUCCCCGAAGCACCGAUCUGCGAAAUGAAGCUGGCGGCGCCCCGCCGACGCCGCCACCAAAAGAUUCUGCGUCAUCUUGGGGUGACACUUCCACUCUGAACUCGCAGAACUACGCUGCCAGUACAUACUCGCAGCAUGGCGUCCAGUCUCCUUCGAACUACUCAGACUCGCCGGCCGACACAGCGGUUGUGAAGACGCGUCCCAACUAUACGAAACUUGACCUCAUCAAGUACGACACGCCGUACAUGGGCCCUCGUAUCCAGCACAUGCUGUCCCAAAUCCAGUUUAAACUUGAUGUCGAAGAACAGUACCUCAAGGGCAUCGAGAAGAUGGUCCAGCUGUACCAGAUGGAGGGUGAUAAGAAGAGCAAAGCCGACGCAGCCUCGAAGAAGGUGGAGAGCAAGCAAAAAAUUGUACUUUUGAAGCAGGCUCUGAAGCGGUAUGAAGAGCUGCAUAUCGAUGUUGACUCGGGCGACACACCAGAUGAUGACAGUGUCAAUGUUCCGAACAUGCGGAAGCCGCUUUCUGGUAACCUGUCCAUUCGCAUCAUGGCUGUGAAAGAUGUUGAUCAUGCGCCGACCGGUCGAUUCAGCCGCGGCCCGGAUACCUUUGUCGCCGUGAAGGUCGAGGAUAAUGUUGCAGCGCGUACGAGGCUCUCUCGCACCGACCGUUGGGAGAGCGAGUUCCAUAGCGUGGAUGUCGACAAGGCAAACGAGAUCGAACUGACGGUUUAUGACAAGCCUGGCGAGUAUGCCAUCCCCAUUGGCAUGCUUUGGGUCCGGAUAUCAGACAUCGCCGAAGAGAUUCGGAGAAAGAGAAUCGAAGCUGAGAUCAAUUCGUCGGGCUGGGUGUCGGCCGACAAAAUGUCGGCUGCUCCCAACCGGGUACCGCCAGCUCAAUUCCCGAUGAAUCCCCAGGGUCAGUUUGGCGCACAACAAAACGCUCAAGGCGGGCCUCUCUCGCCCCAAAAUCCCCAUGGCGGCGGUUUUGACGGUGUCGGUGCUCACGCCGCUCAUCUGUCUCCCGAACCGAUUACGGGAUGGUUCAACCUGGAGCCCACCGGCCAAAUCCAGCUCAACCUCAACUUCGUCCGCCAGAACAAGGAUCGUCGGCCGUUGGACCUUGGUCUCGGUCGCAAGGGUGCCAUUCGUCAGAAGAAGGAGGAAGUCCACGAGAUGUACGGCCACAAGUUCGUCCAGCGCCAGUUCUACAACAUCAUGCGCUGCGCGCUCUGUGGAGAUUUCCUCAAGGGCGGCGCGGGCAUGCAGUGCGAAGACUGCAAGUACACUUGUCACAUCAAGUGCUACUCAAGUGUGGUCACCAAGUGCAUCAGCAAAUCCAACGCCGAAACCGAUCCCGACGAAGAGAAGAUCAACCACCGCAUUCCCCAUCGUUUCCAGCCGUUUGGCAACUAUACUGCCAACUGGUGCUGCCACUGUGGCUAUUUACUGCCAUUUGGAAAGAAGAGCUGUCGAAAGUGCUCAGAAUGUGGUCUUACUGCUCACUCUGGUUGUGCCCACCUGGUACCCGACUUCUGUGGCAUGUCGAUGGCCGUGGCGAACCAGAUCCUGGAAGGUAUCCGUACCCAGAAGCAGCGGCAAAAGCAGUCUACAAACUUGAGCGACCGUACUCUCCGGCCAGGAAAACCAAACUUGAUUUCCCAGCAGGGUGGGUAUGGUUCCCAGAGUGCAGCGCCUUCUCCUUACGGCCCCGGUGCUGCGUCCACUCAGGCAACCGAAGCCGCCAAGGUGAUGUACGCGAACCAACCCCCACCACAGCGUCCCCAGCAUCCCGAUCGGACGGCGAGUGCAUCUUCUUCGGCUGCUGCUGCCGCCGCCGCCGCCAGCAUGGCUAUGUCGGGUUCUGGUGCCAAGGCUGGAACUGGUCCUCAGGCCCAGGCGAGCCAAGACUCCUGGAGACAUGACCCCGGAAACUACGGCGACUCAUAUGACCCCCAAUCUGUGCAACAGCAGCAACAGUCGUACGGAAAUGCACCACAGCAACGCAAGUACAACCCGGCAGACUACAUUAACGUUGGACAAUACCCAGCGACCCAGCAGCAGCCUGGCCAGAUGCAACAUGCUCAGCAACAACCGGUUACCAUUCAGCAGCAGCAGCAGCAACAACAACAAAUCUACCAACAGCCGCAGCCGCAGCCACUACAGCAGCAGCCUCCCCAAGCCCCGGUGCAGGUGAAGACGCAGCAAUCCGAGCCACCCGUUUCGCUUCCUCCCGUUUCUUCCACCGCCGUCGAUGUCACUGGACCUGGCGUCAAGAAGCCGCUGCCAUCAGCGACCGACCCCGGCACGGGCCAGCGCAUUGGCCUCGAUAACUUCAACUUCCUUGCGGUUCUCGGUAAGGGUAACUUCGGAAAGGUCAUGCUGGCCGAGACAAAGCGCUCGAAUAGGCUGUACGCCAUCAAGGUCUUGAAAAAGGAGUUCAUCAUUGAGAACGAUGAAGUGGAGAGCAUACGGUCAGAGAAAAGAGUGCUACUCGUUGCCAACCGGGAACGGCAUCCGUUUUUGACCAACCUGCACGCUUGUUUCCAGACCGAGACGCGUGUAUACUUUGUGAUGGAGUACAUUAGCGGUGGUGAUUUGAUGCUGCACAUUCAGCGUGGCCAGUUCGGUACUCGUCGGGCCCAGUUCUACGCCAGUGAAGUCUGCUUGGCGCUCAAGUACCUCCACGAGAACGGUGUCAUCUACCGCGAUCUGAAGCUCGACAACAUUCUGUUGACGCUGGAUGGCCACAUCAAGAUUGCCGAUUACGGUCUCUGCAAGGAGGACAUGUGGUACGGUUCGACGACCAGCACUUUCUGUGGUACUCCCGAGUUUAUGGCGCCCGAGAUUCUUCUCGACAAGAAGUACGGCCGCGCUGUUGAUUGGUGGGCGUUUGGUGUGCUAAUCUACCAGAUGCUACUGCAACAGUCUCCGUUCCGUGGCGAGGAUGAAGACGAAAUCUACGACGCCAUUCUGGGCGACGAGCCCCUGUACCCGAUCCACAUGCCCAGAGACUCGGUUUCAAUUCUGCAAAAGCUGCUCACGCGCGAUCCCGACCAGCGCCUGGGCAGUGGCCCGACGGACGCGCAGGAGAUCAUGUCACAACCGUUCUUCCGCAACAUCAACUGGGACGACAUUUACCACAAGCGUGUGCAGCCGCCGUUCCUGCCGACCAUCAAGAACCCUACGGAUACCAGCAACUUCGACUCGGAGUUCACGAGUGUGACGCCCGUUUUGACGCCCGUUCAAUCAGUACUGUCACAAGCGAUGCAGGAGGAGUUCCGUGGCUUCUCAUACACGGCAGACUUUGUGUAG